AUGGCGAGAGAUAGAUUUAGAGAACUUAUAAAAUUUCUGCGAUUCGACAAAAAAAAACCUACACGAUAUGAACGCCUUCAAACAGAUAAAUUCUGUUUCAUUGCUGAAGUCUGGAAGAAAUUUAUUGAAAAUUCGAUAACUUGCUAUAAAUCAGAACCAUAUAUAACUAUUGAUGAGCAGCUGUUUCUGUCUAAAGCCAGAUGUCGUUUCACGCAAUAUAUGCCAAGUAAACCAGAUAAAUUUGGUAUCAAGUUCUGUCUUGCGGCUGAUGUUGAUAGUAAAUACGUCCUCAAUGGUUUUCCAUAUUUGGGUAAAGAUGAGGUAACUUUCUGA